AUGAAGCUCUCUUCCCACUUCAUGGCUGUUCUCUUCUUCCUCCUCCAGGCUGUUCCAGGUCUCGGCUUGCCUAGACACACCUUACAUUGUGUUGCCUACCAUGGUUACUGCUUCCAUUCAAAAGUCUGCCCAACGCCUUUUGUUGCAUUUGGAACUUGCUCUCGGCGUCAGAAAACCUGCUGCAUAGAUACUACAUCAAACUUCCAUAUUUGUAAAGAUGAGGGGGGUCAUUGCGUACCUCCAGAAAUCGAAUGUCUUCAAGAACAGCUGGGACUUUGCCCUCACAAAGAAUGGAAGUGCUGCAAGGAAAUGCAAUAA